GCCCGCCCCCGCGCCGCAUGCGGGGCCCUGCGUGCCGGGCCCGGGCGCAGAGCCGCACUGCGGCCCGGGAUGAUGCUCCAGUGCCAGCGCGCCAUGGGGCAGCCUAGGGGCUGGCCAGAGGCUGCUCUUGCCCACCUGCUGCUUGGCUUCCCGGUGCUCUGCUCAGCAGGGCUGGGGGAGCUGGGCCCCACCAUCGACGGGCAGCCGCUGGCACGGUGCACGCUGCGAGAGGGGGAGAGCCGUGCCUUCACCUGCCGGGCCCCACCGCCGGCCCCGGGCACAGCGCUGGCGUGGUACCUCGAUGGCCGCAAGCAGGAGGCAAACUGCUCUGGCACCGGCGCUGCCAGCACCCUCACCAUCACCGCCCAGCGCACCGACCGCCAGCUCGACUGCUCCCUGAUGGACCCGGCCUCCUGGGAGACCUACAACGCCUCCGUCCUCCUCGAUGUGCAGUGUAAGGUCAGAGGGUGGGGAGGGGGCCUGGGGCUGCUGCCCAGCCCGAGCAGGGCCGUGAGCAGCGUCCGUCACAGCCGUAGCAGGGCAGCACCUCCUGUGCUGCUGGUGAGACGAAUUCUGCUCCUGGCUGUGGCUGCCCCAGUCCCUCCCGCCCAUCUCACUGCCUGCAUAUGUUUCCCAGAUAAGCCUGAAAUCCUGCAGGCAGAUGCCCGUUACCAGGAGGUGGAGGGGAUUGGGCUGCUUCUGGUGCUCUUUGUGCUGGUGCAAGCCAACCCACCUGCCAGCAUCACCUGGGUGGACCACGAUGGGCGAGUGAUGGCCAACGCCUCUGAGUUCCUCCUGGUGAGUGCAGCGCAUCAGCCGGGACUGGCCAACCACUCGCUCCGCAUCCACCUUGACAGCACCGCCGGCAACUUCUCUGUCAGCGUGGCCAACAGCCUGGGCAUCGCCACUGCUUCUCUCCUGCCCUCAGGUCUGCUGGACGCCAGCGUGGAGCUGCCCCUCCUGGGCAUUGCGGUGGGAGCAGCCGUGGCCCUGGGCGCCCUGCUCAGCCUGGGCUCCUGUGCCGUCUGCUUGGCAUGCCGCUGGCACAAGCCCAUGCCCGACCAGGCGCCAGCGGGAGCGAGCAUCCGCCUCAGCCCACGCUGCCAGUGCAGCAGCUCUGAGCCCCCGCAGCCGCCGCGCCUGCCCCACCAGACCCACUCGCUGCCUCCCAACCUACACCUCAGUGAUCUCACACAAGAGCCCAGAGCUUCCCCCAUGGAUGUGGGAGCUGGUGCUGGGGGAGAGGCGAGCACCCUGCCGGGGCUGGAGAAGCCACUGGUCCUCAGCAGGCUCGGUGAGGGGCCAUGGGCGGGGAGCGCCCCCGAAGCCACACUGCGGGGCCAUCGGCCUCCGUGGCUGCCCUAUCAGGCGAUGACAGAUCUGUCUUUGUCCCCCAGGUUUCGUCCAGCUCCCGAUAUCCGGGCGCAUCUACAAAGUGCCGAGUGCGAGCAGCGAGGAGAUCUGGCUGUGAGGGUGGUGCGGUGCCCGCGGCGUUGCCAAGCUCCAGCCCCUGCCUCUUGUGAACAGACUGUUAAAACCAAAACAGAUUAAAGCUGUUUGGUUUUAACAGUCCCUGCUGGACUGCCAGCACUGCGGCUCCUCGUGGGCUCAGCCCAAGCUGUAGCUGAGCUGAGGCCUGCGUGCCACAUCCUCCUGCAGUGGGCAGACGGGCAAGGCAGCCUGCCAGGGGCUGGGCACAGGCGUCCCCACAGCAAUAAACUAAACUCAAGCGUCUGUGUGGUGCUGUGGUGGUUAUUUCUCCUUGGUAGCAGCUGAGGGGCUGGAACAUAGAACA